AUCUACUACUCUAUGUUCAUGCCCUUCAAUCAAGAAAUUACCUACUCAAACAUUAAUCCGUAUUAUUACUACUAUUAUGAUUGAGAUGAAUUCUCAAAAGGGAUUUCAUUGCUUCAAAUUGUUAGCAUUUUGGAUUUCCCUAACAAUAAUCUCUUUGGUACGUUGCACUCCUCCGGAAGAACACAUAAAAUGUUCAUCAUCAUCUUCCAACACAAAUUGUACAGUCACAAAUACUUACGGGUCAUUUCCCGAUCGAGCCGUAUGCCGUGCAUCUCAAGCAAUGUACCCAAAAACAGAAGAAGAACUCGUAUCAAUCGUAGCAAAUGCAACUUUCCUGAAGAGGAAAAUGAAGGUGGCAACCACAACAUCACACAGUAUCCCAAAACUCAUGUGCCCGGACGGCGAAAACGGGUUGGUUAUAAGCACCAAGUUCCUGAACCGGACUGUGAGUCUGGACGAAUCGGCCAUGACGAUAACGGUUGAACCGGGAAUGACGUUGAGGCAGCUGAUCAAUGUGUGUGCAAAAUCAGGGCUAACUCUGCCUUAUAGCCCGUAUUGGUGGGGUUUAACCGUGGGUGGAAUUUUGGGAACGGGUUCUCAUGGAAGCACUCUUUGGGGUGUUGGAAGUGCGGUUCAUGAUUAUGUGGUUCAAUUGAGGAUUGUAACUCCGGCUAGUUCCAAUGAAGGUUAUGCAAAAGUUCGGACACUAAGAAAUGGAACUGAUCUUGAGCUUGAUGCUGCUCGAGUUUCACUUGGAGUUCUUGGUGUUAUUUCACAGGUUACUCUACAACUUGAGCCGAUGUUCAAGAGAUCAUUAACUUAUGUAGCGAGGAAUGAUUCAGAUUUAGGGGAACAAGUCACAACUUUUGGGAGACAACAUGAAUUUGCCGACUUCCAAUGGUAUCCUAGCCAACGUAAGGUCCAAUAUCGACUAGAUGAUAGAGUUCCCACCGAUACCAAAGGUGAUGGUUUCUAUGACGCCAUGGGAUUUCGCUCUACGCCUUCACUCGUCGUGGCAUUGCUAAGGAGCACAGAGGAGACGGAGGAAUCCCUUCGUGAUGCUGUUGGCAGAUGUGCCAAUGGAGCUAUAACCACAUCUCUGCUGGAAACUUCAAGAUUUGGGUUGACAAAUGAUGGUUCAAUCUUUAAUAAAUACCCUGUGGUGGGAUACAACAAUAGACUACAAUCUUCUGGUACCUGCCUUGAUAGCCCACAAGAUGGAUUAAUCACUGCAUGCCCAUGGGAUCCAAGAAUCAAGGGCUUAUACUAUUUCCAAACUGCUGUAAGCAUUAGCUUAUCCAAAGUCAAGGACUUCAUUCAAGAUGUUCAAAAGCUUGUGUCCCUAAACCCUAUGGCAUUGUGUGGAGUGGACCUUUAUAACGGUUUCCUCAUGAGAUAUGUCACAUCUUCUAGUGCUUACUUAGGCAAAGAAGAAGAUGGUUUGGACUUUGACAUCACAUAUUAUAGAAGCAAAGAUCCGAUGGCACCAAGACUGUAUGAAGAUUUUAUUGAAGAGAUUGAGCAAAUGGCAUUUUUCAAGUAUGACGGGCUACCACAUUGGGGCAAAAAUAGGAAUUUGGCUUUUGUGGGUGCAAUCAACAAGUAUAAGAAGGUCAACGAGUUUUUGAAGGUCAAGCAAUUGUAUGAUCCAUUAGGUCUGUUUUCAAGUGAAUGGAGUGACCAAAUUCUUGGACUGAAAGAUGGGAUUACUACAAUGAAACCUGGUUGUGCUUUGGAAGGUUUGUGCAUUUGCUCUCAAGAUGCUCAUUGUGCUCCUCAGAAGGGUUACUUUUGUAGACCUGGGAAAGUAUACAAGGAUGCUAGGGUGUGCACUCGUUCACAAAGUUAAAAAUACUUCGUAAUUACAAAAGUGCGUAAGACAGAAAUCAAUUUCAUUUGCUACGUUUUCCUUGAUCUAUAAUAAAAGGUUACAAGAUGGACUUUGAUGUUUGAUUUUGAGACCGGGUAC